UGAACGCGCGGCCGAUGGAGUUUUACGCGGUGCGGUCGCUGGCGGAGCCGCCCGGCAGGUUGCUGAGUGAACACUGUGGCUCCCUCUUCCACUGCCGCCUGGAGGUCCCUCUACCCAAGCACCUGGUGAUUUUUGGCCUUGGGAACUGGGACGUGUACUCCAAGGACACCUUUUUCUCAGUCGAGGUCUCGGUGGGCCCUGAACUAAAACCCCAGAGAAUUGGAAUGCUUUCUUCAGCUGUGAGGUGCCUGGUGUGGCAGGGGGACUGGAGGACUGAACUGACAGCUGCUGCCAGCGAGCAGGUGGAACGAUCGGGUUGGCCCACACUGUGUCUGAUCCUCAGUGGACAGGUAUCAAAGACUGACUUUGUGAGCAGCACUCCGGUGUGCCGUGCUCAGUCUCACCAGGACCCGGACACCGUCCUGGCUGAUCUGAUGAAUGACGUCUCCCUGCUUUCCCCCAGCUUCCUUCCUGAUCCUGGCGUGACCUCUGCCCAGCAGGGUAGGAGCCUGGGUUUGGAUGUACCGAAGACCAACGGGGAGACUUGGUGUCCUCCAGGACCUUUCUUCACCCCACCGAAGGCCCCGGGCUCUUCCAACAGCCACCAUCAGGAGGAGGAGGAGGAGGAGGAGAUGACAGGACGUGAGUCGGAUGUGAAGAGGCUGUUGACCUGUCCCAGCCCUCGCUGGGAUCACACCUUGUGCCUCAGUGACCCGGACACGGCCAUUCUGAUCGGAGGAGAGGGACCUCAGAACCGCUACUGUAAGGACGGCCUGUGGAAGCUGGAGAUUGACAAUGGUGACAUAUUUUGGUUUCCCCUGGAAACGACCUCCACACUGACCAUCCCCAUCCCACAAUGUGUCCGCGGUCACUCGGCGACCUAUGACUCUGACGCCAACCGCAUUUACAUAUUUGGGGGGAAGAAAGAUGGCGAAUGUUUCAACAACGUCUACAUCCUGGACACCUUGACCUGGAAGUGGUCCUUUGUGAUUGGGAAGGGCAAGGUGCCGUCCCUGGCCUAUCACAGUGCAGCUGUCUUCCAGCGGGAGCUCUUUAUAUUUGGCGGGCUCCUCUUCUGGCCCCCCAAGGGCGGGCAGGUCUACAGCAACACCCUCUACAUCUUCAACCCCGAGCACGAGAUCUGGUACCAGCCCAUCGUGGUGGGUGAGAGGCCGCUCCCUCGCUGUGGUCACUCUGCCACCCUCCUGAGAGAUAAACUGAUCCUUUUCGGUGGGAAUCGGAGCCGCAUGUUCCUGAACGACCUUCACAUCUUGGAUCUCGGUUACAUGGAGUACAUUAACGUACAGAUUCCAGGUCCUCCUGCACCACGAUGUCGCCAUGCUGCUGUGCCUGUGAAUGAGAACAAAGUUCUGAUAAGCGGUGGAUACAAUCUGACUGGAGCCCUACAGGAUGUGUUCAUCUUCAACACUGACACCUACAGCUGGAGCAGUCUGUAUCACCACACUCUGUGCUCGGUACCAAGAGCAGGUCACAGCCUGGUGUAUCUGAGCUCGAGCCAGAGCAGCACGGGGACCUGCCUCAAACUCCUGGUCUUCGGAGGCUCGAACAGCACUGGGCAAUUCUACAAUGACACUGUUCAGGUCACUGUGGAGCUGAGUGAGGAAUGCCUGGAAAAUCCCCAUCCAUGAGAUCGUCAGCUUGUGACAUGUGAAGGUUAUGUCUGCGAGCUGGAGGUCCGAUGUCCAACCAGCAGAGCAGGGUCACAUUGUGUUGCUUGGCCUACUGCCCCUGUCUGACCAGCAGGGAGAAGUCAGCACUGCCUACAGGCUGUUCAAAGUUUCAUUUCCUU